AUGGCCAUCAAUUUCUUCUUCGCCAUCGCAAUCUGCGCAUUGAGAGUCGUGGCCAGUCCGACAGGCUUGUCAGACGAAAAGCCCGCUAUUGCCCAUAGGGCUUUUCCCACCAACUCCCAGCUUUGGCCGGAGGCCAAGAUCACUUGGUGUUAUGAAGAUUCCGACGACGAGAUCGACAAGGAUGCGGCCGUCGACGUUAUAGGCAGCGCCUGGGAGCUCUGGAAGAAAGCCCUCGGCGGAAAGUCUAGCCUUCAAUUUGUAGCGGCGGACAAGGGCGACCCGAAAUGCGACCGCGCCGACGAGAGUAAACUAAUUUUGCAUAUCAUCUUCAACAGAAAUGAUGAAAACUUCGCAAGUAUCGGCUACGGGCCGAAGGACAGUUAUAUACAGUAUGAUUAUACACAUUUUGAGACCCUAUACAAGGACCCCAACGAACGGGCUCAGGCGCGCGCUGCUGUACUCGCGCAUGAGCUCGGGCAUACUCUAGGGUUGGAACAUGAGCACCAGAAGCCCUCGGCUUGGGCCAAGGUUGGGGGGAAGCUCAAGCUCAAUUGCGAGAAUGUGGAGGGCUACCAAAGUCUCAGUGACAAGGGGUUGAAUAUGGAUGAACUCUGCUCCGAUCGGAAGAAGGCGUUGGAGGCCGGUUUCGCUGCCCAUAAUCUCCUGCCCUUGGAUGCAUCGAAAGGCACGGAUGAUGGCUCUUUCGAUUGGGAUUCGAUUAUGCUGUACCCUUCGUUCUUUUUUGCGCAAGAGCCUGGCAAAUUCACCAUGGUCAAACGCGAUCCCGAUGGAGGCUUCAUCGAGCCUAACUUCGUACCUUCCGCGCGCGACGCCAAGGCAGUUAUCAACAUGUACCCCAAUUAG